AGCUUUAAAAUAAAAAUUGUGCUUGUUGACAGGGUUGAACCGAAUUUUAGACUGAAAUGAUCGAGGAGCACGACGAACGCGAGACAAUAUGCGACUCGGUGAAUUCACUGGUAGAAGGCUGUCGUUUGCCGGUCAAGAUGCACAGCACGGACGAUUGGCCACUAGCUGAAAUCAUCAGCGUUAAGGAAGUACAAGGCGUCAAGUGCUAUUACGUUCACUAUGUGGACUUCAACAAACGAUUAGAUGAAUGGGUUAUGGAAGAUUCCCUGGACACUAGAAAGGUCCAGUAUCCUCGUCGCGAAGGAACAACGCCCGGAACUGGUGCGGCGACCCCAAAAAAGCAGGCCGUUAGUAGACCUCCUAGUCCCAGUAACGUUAGCAAUGAGCCAGUCAACGGUAACGCCGUGCUACAAGCGGCGCUGCAAAAGAAAAUGUCUAGGAAAAGGAAAGCGACGUUUCUAGAAAAUGAGGACUCUCAAGAUGCCCCACCGCCGCCGCCGCAAACGCCGGGUCCCAGGCCCACUGGCUCCUUGGUGGCGCAUCACCACGAUGAUGUAGUCACGAGAAUGAAAAACGUAGAACUAAUUGAAUUAGGCCGUCAUAGAAUAAAGCCUUGGUAUUUUAGCCCAUAUCCGCAAGAGAUGGUGAACUUAACUUGUAUAUAUAUCUGUGAGUUCUGCCUAAAGUACAGGAAAAGUCGAAAGUGCUUAGAAAGGCAUUUAGUCAAGUGCAAUUUACGUCAUCCACCCGGAAACGAAAUAUAUAGGAAGGGAUCUAUAUCGUUUUUCGAGAUUGACGGCCGCAAGAAUAAGAAUUACGCGCAAAAUCUUUGCCUACUGGCAAAGCUAUUCUUAGAUCACAAAACUCUUUACUAUGACACAGAUCCAUUUUUGUUCUAUGUAAUGACAGACUUUGAUAGCAGAGGGUUUCACAUAGUAGGCUAUUUCUCGAAGGAAAAGGAAUCGACGGAAGAUCACAAUGUAGCAUGCAUUCUUACACUGCCACCGUACCAGAGAAGAGGUUACGGCAAGCUUCUAAUAGAAUUUUCAUACGAGCUGUCAAAAUUUGAAGGAAAGACUGGUUCUCCCGAAAAGCCGCUGUCCGAUUUGGGUUUACUUUCGUACCGAAGUUACUGGGCUCACACGAUACUCGAUAUUCUGCUGAACGUAAAGCCCGUGGUAGAAAACGAGAAGCCGCAGAUAACGAUAAGCGAAAUCUCCGAAUUGACGUCGAUCAAGAAAGAGGACGUAAUAUCGACUCUGCAAAAUCUGAAUCUCAUUAACUACUACAAGGGACAAUAUAUUGUAACACUAAAUAGGGAAAUUAUCGAACAACACUCAACUGCAAUGGAAAAGAGACAGAUCAGAAUAGAUCCUAAGUGUUUGCAUUGGACACCGAAAGACUGGAGUGUUAGAGCCAAAUGGUGAACUUAUAGUUCGAGUUGACAAUAAAACGAUGCUGAUUUGUCUUGAAAUUAUUUUUCAGGCAUUCUGAAAGCGAGUAUGGUUAAAACGGGUGUACAAAGUUGUACAUAUAUAUAUUAAUUUGCGACCUUGAUGGUCUAGCGUUUUAAUAAGACUGUAUCUGGCGUAUUUACGCUCAUUGCAAUGCUUUAGAACUUGUCGACAAACGCAGAUCUCGAUUAUAGAGGACUAAGAUCGUACUGCGCGAGCGCUCGCGAAUUUUACCUGACAAAAUAUUUGCUGUAAACUUAUACCUUAAAAAUGCAAUGUUUUAAUAUGAUGAUUAGAAUUUUUUUAAAGAUUCACAAACCGCUGUACAGUGGUACGAAUUUGUACAAAUAAUCUACCGCUCCUGUAGAAUUGUAAAUAAAUGUGAUUUUAUAACAUA